AAAAAAAAAAAAAAAAAAAAAAAAAGAAUGCUGACGUGUAUAACGUGUUCGAAGCAACAGAUAGAGGAUGGUGGAGAAGAAGUGGGAGCGCGUGGGACUCCUAGUGGAAAAGAAGCCGUCAAAAGCCUGACGGCGCAGAUAAAGGAUGCAUUAAAAGUGUCUGGAACUUCAAAGGGAAAACCACCAAUAGGACCUAGCAACUACAAGAAACCACCACCACAUAGAGCUUACCCAGACUUUGAGACUAUAUCUGAAGGGGGGGCCCACUACCCUUAUAUGCAAUCAGGAAGCACUAGUUCUAGUACUCCUGCAUGGGAUUUCACUAGCAACAAUGAUUCACAUCAAACAAAUGCAGGAUUCGAACCUCCAAGACAAUCUGGUCAUUUGGUUUUGGAAGAUGAAGAUGAGCCUAAAGAAUGGAUGGCUCAGGUUGAGCCAGGUGUCCAAAUCACAUUCGUUUCCUUGCCUAAUGGUGGCAAUGACCUUAAACGAAUUCGUUUCAACCGGGAGAUGUUCAACAAAUGGCAAGCUCAGAGGUGGUGGGGUGAGAAUUAUGACAGAAUAAUGGAACUUUACAAUGUCCAAAGAUUCAACUGCCAAGCUUUAAAUACACCCUCUCAAUCUGAAGAUGGGAGAGAUUCUUCCUACUCACGACUUGGAUCCGCAAGGGAGAGUCCAAUGAUGACACCAUCAAUCAACAAAGAUUGGAACAACAGAAACUACUACAAACCCCCAGACCAAGGCGGGGCCCACCACUACAACGUGGGCCCCAGUGCCUACGUGGCAGGUGGGUCCAAGGGUGAGAUGUCGUCCAUGGAGGCGUCAAGGACAACAACAUCUUCAAGAGAUGAGGCUUCGAUUUCUGUUAGCAAUGCAAGUGAUACAGAGUCUGAAUGGGUUGAGCAAGACGAGCCAGGUGUUUAUAUUACCAUCAGACAGUUGACAGAUGGCACUAGAGAAUUACGACGUGUUAGAUUCAGUCGUGAAAAGUUUGGGGAAGUGCAUGCAAAAAUGUGGUGGGAACAAAACAGGGAGAGAAUACAAUCGCAAUACCUUUAAUUAUAUACAACCAAACCAACCAAUCAUUGUCACUAAUUAUAUAUUCUAAUCGGGUUUAGAUGGUCAAAGUUUUGACGGAUAUCCGGAUAUGUCCAUCUUUAUUUAGGUCAAAUUAUGAGGGAUUUCUUGUUCCGAUUUUCGGGUUUAUGCAAUGUUUUUUAUUAUGUUUCAAUAUUUGUGAUAGGAAGUUGGUAUCUUGGACUUUUGUAUUUUUUUUUUUUAAUUUUUAAUUUGCAA